AUGUGUGUCGUGUUUUCCGUGACGGGCUCGGCCUCCUACACCUACUACACUAUGAUGUUGUAUACCCACAUCAGCGAGUUUCCUCUCUUCAUACGCCUCAAGUCAGUCGGGAUAUGCUCAGAUCAUACACCUCUCUAUGGCGCGUCCAUGUUUGAGCUAGGCACCGUGUGCAAGGGCAGGAUGGCGACGAUGCAGCCCUUCAGAGUUACUUCAGUCCUGCGAUAG